AUGGCGACUGGCAUUCCAUCGGAGAAAAUCAUGCUAGGAGGUUUUUCAAUGGGAGGAGCAGUGGCUCUCUACGCUGGUCUCACCUAUCCACACAAACUCGCUGGAAUUGUUGGCCUGAGUUCCUUCCUCGUCCAAAGGGACAAACUACCAUGGAGUGAUGCUGAAGACACUGGUAUUGAGCCAGAGGAGAAUUCCGAACUUGCAGUGGGUGUGGAACCACCAUCCAUGACGCGGAAAAUUUGA